UAAAUUAAACCAACCCAUAUGCUUUCAUGGAAGGAUUUCAUGACAUUUAGGAUAUAGACUCGACUCGAUCAAACUACAUCCAUUCUCGUCCAUGGUUAGCAGGACCCAAACCGUGGAUCCAAGCCUCUUCCACUACCCACGGGGUUGGGAACUACAGUGUGCUCUUCUCUAAUGCAACCAAACAAUGUUACAAUCCUACAGAACUCGUAGACCCCACUACCACCUCUGGUUCUCCUACGAAGCUGAGAAGUCCCCCAGUUGAGUCACAAAACGCCGUUUCUGUGCCAGCCGCUAGAAGCCGUUGCCGUGUCUUAAUCCGCGCCGUCUUCUCCCCUUUGUCGUCCUCCACGGCUCCGCCUAGAUGUCCGAAAAUCCAAUCCAGGCCAUCCUAAAAACCUUCGACUCCUUCGCGCAUGGCGUCCAAGCCCAUCUCUCCCACCUCUUCUCCGCCUCUCCGAACGACCUCCAGACGUCCUCCUCCUCUUCUAUAAGGUCCCGAGUUCCUAAGCCCCUCAAAACGCCGGAUGAGUCCGCCAUCCUUCAAUCAGCGGAGGACGUCUCAGGUCCCGCCUCGCUCGCCAAGAAGAAAUCUGUUACUCCUUUGACGAAAGAAGAGCUCGGGAGGGCUACGUGGACUCUGCUUCACAGUAUAGCAGCCCAGCCAAGGCAUAGAAACUCGGGCUCAAGUGGCGUAGUUGUGAGAGUACCACUAAGAACAAAACGAGAGUUGAAUUUAGGUGAUGUUCCUUUCACAGUAAGUCUACGGAGCAGUGUAAGAUGUAUACUUCACUACAAUUCUGUAAACGGUACCUUUGGAAACAGUUUUUGCAUCAACAAAAUUGUUGAAACUGAAAUGUAGUAGGGUAAAUUAGAUGUGGAAGUUGAGUUGGUCAGAUCAAGUGAAGUCUAACUAAACUCCGUUGGGAUAGUUUGGUUACGGGCUGAUUUGGCUAAAUUGGUUCAAGGUGCGUUGGUUUUCACUAGGUUGGGUUGGGUCAAGUCAGGUCAGGAUGGACCUAGACAGGUCCAUGUAGAACCUCCGCAGGUUCAAGUACUCAUGGUUAAGAAAAAUGGUGGAGAAGGAAUGAAGCAGAGCAAGGGGAAACCUAAUAAUUGUUUAUUAUUUUUCUCUCUAGUUACACAAUGCACCAUAAGCACAGACAUACUCUUACAAAUUGACCCGAAGGUCAGAGGCAAUUAUUUCCCAGUUUCCAACUAAAACUCAUGCACCAUAAGCACAGACACAGAGACACUUAUGAGCUGGCCAGAAAUUCAAAGGCAAUUAUUUUCUAGUUUCCAACUCAAACUCAAAUACCAAGUAAGGUUGGAUUCCCAUCAAGUUAAACUCAAAGUGAUAACCACUCAUAUGUCAUCUUAUCCUAUCGCAACAGCUCAACUUUUAACUCUAGCCAAAUAGCUCUCUUUGUUGCCCACAACUACGAAACAAAGUCUAGUAUGCCCAGACUAUCUUCUACUUACCCUAAUUAAAUGUAGAUACCCAAAAAGUAAACCCUAUCACUAAUACCUAAAUCAUAUUUAAGUCUAUGGUUUACCACCCUUGAUGACAUAGAACUACAACAACAAAUUGUUCUCUAACUCAAAGGCCUAAGUCUAAAUCUGGAUUGUACUUCUAAUGGCCCUUCUAAGCCAUAUAUAAGGUAUGACGAGAUAUUCUUCUUUAAGAAAGAAA